GUGAAAAACAACAGGAGGUCCUAAACCCUAAAACCCUCCCAAGUUCGGAACUUUCACUCCCACCACCGUCACCAUGGCGGAGCUGAAGCUCUCUGAAAGCCGUGAUCUCACGCGAAUAGAGCGCAUAGGUGCUCAUUCACACAUCCGUGGACUUGGCCUGGACUCUGCCCUGGAACCUCGCGACGUAUCCGAAGGCAUGGUGGGUCAGACAGCGGCCCGCAAAGCUGCCGGCGUUAUUCUUCAGAUGAUCAAAGAGGGUAAAAUUGCAGGAAGGGCGGUACUUCUUGCCGGUCAGCCUGGUACUGGCAAGACCGCCAUUGCCAUGGGCAUGGCCAAGUCCUUGGGCCUUGAAACCCCUUUUGCCAUGAUUGCCGGAAGUGAGCUUUUCUCCCUCGAGAUGUCGAAAACUGAAGCACUAAUGCAGGCGUUUCGCAAAGCAAUUGGUGUGCGGAUUAAGGAAGAGACAGAGGUGAUUGAAGGUGAGGUCGUUGAGGUCCAAAUUGACAGGCCGGCGGCGGCUGGUGCUGCGUCGAAGACUGGGAAGUUGACACUGAAGACGACGGAGAUGGAGACGGUGUAUGACUUGGGAGCCAAGAUGAUCGAGGCACUGGGGAAGGAGAAGGUGAGUAGUGGCGAUGUGAUUGCUAUAGACAAGGCUUCUGGCAAGAUCACGAAGCUUGGGAGGUCGUUUUCCAGGUCGAGGGAUUUCGAUGCCACCGGACCACAGGUUAAGUUUGUGCAAUGCCCCGAUGGGGAGUUGCAGAAGCGGAAGGAGGUUGUACAUUGCGUCACUCUCCAUGAAAUUGAUGUUAUAAACAGCAGAACACAGGGAUUUCUGGCUCUCUUCACUGGUGAUACAGGCGAAAUUCGUGCAGAAGUAAGAGAACAAAUUGACACAAAAGUUGCAGAGUGGAGAGAAGAAGGGAAGGCAGAAAUUGUGCCGGGUGUUCUUUUCAUCGAUGAGGUGCACAUGCUUGACAUUGAGUGCUUUUCCUUCCUCAACCGGGCUCUUGAGAACGAGAUGGCUCCCAUAUUAGUUGUUGCUACCAACAGAGGCAUCACAACCAUCAGAGGCACAAAUUACAAAUCCCCACAUGGUAUUCCAAUUGAUCUACUCGAUCGCCUACUCAUAAUCUCCACUCAACCUUAUACCGAGGAUGAAAUUCGCAAGAUUCUCGAUAUUAGAACCCAAGAGGAAGAAGUGGAAAUGUCAGAGGGUGCAAAGCAAUUGUUAACCAAAAUAGGCGUUGAAACAUCCUUGAGAUAUGCUAUCCAUCUCAUUACAGGAGCUGCAUUAGCAUGCCAAAAGCGAAAAGGGAAGGUAGUUGAUUUGGAGGAUAUAAAUAGGGUUUACCAUCUGUUCUUGGAUGUCAAAAGAUCAACACAGUACUUGAUGGAGUAUCAGAGCCAGUACAUGUUCAAUGAAACUGGAGAAGGUGAUGAAGAUGAUGGCAAUGACAUGGUUUCCUAAACUUUCCUCUAGUUGGUCGUUUGUCUGCUGCAUCAUGCUGGCUCCACCAAGCUCGUUUGCAUUAGUCAUCCAAGGAGGACAGAUUAAUUGUUCAUGUUGUGAAUUGCUCUUCUUCCCCUGCUUUACUUUCAUUGCUGUUGAAGCUGUACUAAUUCUAUGACUUCUAAUUAUUGAUGUCCUUUUUAAUAGAAUCAUGCUGUGCUUAUAAAUUGAAGUAUGCAAUUUUUUUUUCCUAA